UAGUGCAAUUGAUGGCAUAAAUUUAUGUUGGUCCGCCAGUAGGUGUCUGAUUUUGGGACUGUUGAAUUGAUUUCCCGACUCUGCCACGUCAAGGCAGUUUUCUUUCGUUCGUCACGCCCCUUCUAACCUUCACUGCUCUUGCGCUUCAACCUUUUAUUCCGGAAAACCAAAGUAAACAAAAAACAAUCAUUAAAUUGGUUGCAGGAAUGGACCUUGCCGAUGUACAAGCUGAUCUCCAAGCCUUGAGGAAAUUAUAUUCUCUCCUUCAAAGAUCAACUAAUGAAAUUUUGGAUGAGAGAGCCAAACUUUUCUUGAAGAAUCUGCUCGAUGGUGCUACAGAGAAGGCUUUGGAGAGAAGUUCAAAGAUCAUAGCAGCAGCAGAAUCGGAUUUCUCUAAAGCCCAAAAAUUCAGCAUCGUCCCAAAUUGCUCUACUUUUACUUCAAGGAAAGAUGAGCUAUCACCCAAUAAGCGAACUCCAGAAACGGUCGUUUCAGGGUCAUCUAGAUUCGACAAAAUUUCAAACAGAAAGAAACGUUGCGGGUUUUGUGAAGGACUUAGUAUGAAGCAGCAAUGGAAACCAGGCAUAGUUGCUGCACACGGGGUUAAAAGAAAUUAUCGAUAUGUGAAAAAGCAGGGUAAAGAAUCCGUGAAAAAUAAUCUAACUCCAAGUGGUAAAAUAAUCAAAGAAACUCAAAUGAAUCCAAGUGAUGCUAAACCUAUUUUGGAAUUGGAGAAGAAAUCAGGGAAUGCUUCAAUGGAUGUAUCAAAUACAGUCAGAUGGAUUGAGUCUGCCAUUUCGUUCUCGAAAUCAUUUUCUCAUCUUAAUGUUGAGUGUGUCAAGAAUGGUCAGUCCAAGAAGUCUAAUUCGAGCGCUAAUCAUAUUAUUGCUAAUUCCCAGCAGGUGAGUCAGAGGACUUGGAACAAUGUGAACUCUACUCCGCAGGUGAGUCAGAGGACUUCGAACAAUGUGAAUUCUACUCGGCAACCGGAUCAGAUUGUUAGGAAGAAUGUUGAAAGAAAAGAGUUACUGCGUCCAUCAGCUAGCCGAAAUGAUCAUCUGGCUGAAGAACCUUUGAAAUUGCAGAAGCGAAAAGAGGAUAAAACAAGUUCGGUAAAAUCUAUUUCAUCUAUAAUGUGGCCAACUUUGUUAGGGGCAGACCGUGAUUUGAAUAUAGACCAAAUGAGAAGGCACAUGGACGAGGGUUCAUCGGCUGAUGGUUCAGAAUCAGUGGACACUGCUACUUCAUCUAGUGUUUCAACCCAGAAAACUUGCUUAAGUACUAAUAACGAUAGUGACAAUAAGGCUAAGUCAUUGCUCCACCGUCGCUUUGCUGACAUGGGAAACAAAAGUAGCUCUAGCUCAGAGGAAAGUAGUUCUGCUUCUCCAACUAGAAAGUACAGAUUUGACCAUCAUGCAAAUCCUGAAGCUGGAAUCGGACGGUUGAGGAGGUUAAAAAACAAGUUUAGAUUCAUCUUCCAUCAUCACCAUCACCACCAUCAUCAUCAUCAUCAUAAAUAUAAAGAUUAUGACAGUGAUGAUAAUGGUCAUUGUAAGGUUCACAACAUAAAUCCUAAGAUGAAGCAUUUACCCAAUGUGUUUCAUGAUGAAAACAAAAAAGAGGUUUAUGGAAAGCAGGGAUUUGAGAAGUUGAGAAAGUCAAAGGCGAUUAUGAUGCCAAAUAAGGGUAAAGGUAAUUAUUUUCAUACAAUAAUGAAAGGGUUGAGAAGGCACGUAAGGGAUUCGAAGAAAUCAAAGGCAGGGAGAGGAAGAAAUAGUGUGAACAAGUUACAUUGGUGGCAGAAGUUUAAGCGCAAUGGCGGAGUAAGAGUAAAACUGGGGAAAAAGGGACGUAUGAGGUUAGGGGUUAAGAGUAAAAAAUUAAGAUGAGUUUUCAGAAUUAGCUUUGAGUGUGUGGAGUGUAGGUGGGUUCAUUUACGUUUUUAUUUAUUUGUUUUCAAAAUU